CGGGGCAGACUGGGAAAGUGGUGUCGUGUGCUGGCUCCGCCCUCUUCCCGAGGGUGGGGGAGAACGGUAUAUAAGUGCGGCAGUCGCCUCGGACGUUCUUUUUCGCAACGGGUUUGCCGUCAGAACGCAGGUGUUGUGAAAGCCACCGCUAAUUCAAAGCAAAAAUGGGAAAGGAAAAGACUCACAUCAACAUCGUCGUAAUUGGACACGUAGAUUCUGGCAAGUCCACCACAACCGGCCACCUGAUCUACAAAUGUGGUGGGAUCGACAAGCGAACCAUCGAAAAGUUUGAGAAGGAGGCUGCUGAGAUGGGAAAAGGCUCCUUCAAGUAUGCCUGGGUCUUGGACAAACUGAAGGCUGAGCGUGAGCGUGGUAUCACUAUUGACAUCUCCCUGUGGAAAUUUGAGACCAGCAAAUACUAUGUGACUAUCAUUGAUGCCCCAGGACACAGAGACUUCAUCAAAAACAUGAUUACAGGCACAUCCCAGGCUGACUGUGCUGUCCUGAUUGUUGCUGCUGGUGUUGGUGAAUUUGAAGCUGGUAUCUCCAAGAAGUUAUUGCAAGUAUGA